UAAAGAGGCAGGAGGUGUGGACUUUGGCGAUAACAAACUAUUGAAUGGUCACUUCCAUGCCAAAACCACUAAACAAUUGAUGGUUACUUGCUGGGGAAGCUCAUACAUGAGACUUAGACUUGGUAUUGUGAAGCUCCACAUUAAAUAUGGAACCCAUCAGUUUCUUCUAUGUUGGGAUCCCCUCACAGAGAGAUAGGGAGAGAAGAGAGAGAGACGGAGGGAGAGAUGAAGGUAUGGAGAGCAGGAGUGUUCUUGGGCAUUUUGGUGAUUGUGUUCGUCGCUUCGGAUGCACAACUAGUCGAGAAUUUCUAUGGUUUGAGAUGCCAAACUCUUGAGGCGACCGUGAGGCAGGUCGUGAUUAUGAAGCUGAACCAGACUUUCGUCACCGUCCCGUCCACUCUUCGACUCUUCUUCCACGACUGCUUCGUCACGGGGUGUGAUGCUUCAGUUAUGAUCUCAUCUCCAAAUAGAGAUGCCGAGAAGGAUGCGUCGGACAACUUGUCUCUUGCAGGAGAUGGUUUCGACACCAUCGUGAAGGCCAAGGCGGCAGUCGAGGCCUUGUGCCCUAACGUUGUCUCCUGCGCUGAUAUCAUGGCCAUUGCUGCGAGGGACGUGGUAGUACUGGCUGGUGGCCCCAUGUUCAAUGUUGAACUUGGCCGUCGCGACAACCUACAAUCUAAAGCAUCCCUAGUUGCCGGAAACCUUCCUGAUCCCACAUUCGACGUCAACCAACUUAAUGCAAUCUUUCAAAAGAACGGUCUCAACCAAACAGAUAUGAUUGCCCUCUCUGGUGCCCACACAGUCGGUUUCUCGCAUUGUAGCCGCUUUGCCAACCGCAUCUACAAUUUUAGCUCCACCUCUCGUGUUGAUCCCACCCUAAACCCUACCUACGUUCAACAACUGAUGCAGAGUUGCCCUCAAAAUGUGGACCCUACAAUAGCUAUCAAUAUGGAUCCAAUCACACCAAGAAUUUUUGACAAUGUUUAUUAUCAGAAUUUGAUAAAUGGGAAGGGCUUGUUUACAUCAGAUGAGGUCCUGUUCACAGAUGCAAGAACGAGUGGGGUAGUGAGAGAUUUUGCAGCAAACCCAUUGGAUUUCUCAUCAGCGUUUGCAGCUGCAAUGAUAAAGCUCGGGAGAGUCGGGGUGAAGACGGGGAGCCAGGGACAAGUGAGAAAGGAUUGCACUGUUUUUAAUUCUUAGAGAGAGAGAGAGAGAUUUGUUGUGUGGGACAAAUGAGAAAGGCUUGCACUGCGUUUAAUCCUUAGAGAGAGAGAUUUGUUGUGUGGGUUUGAAAGAUGAAUAAGCUGGUCAUGAAGUGAAGUGGAUGUGUUAAAGCUUGAUGUUGGAUACUUCAGAAAAUGCAGUAUAUCUGAUUAUUUGCAAUUUGAA